AUGGACAACGACGGCACAAACAUGGGCUCGACGGGCUUUCAAUUCCAGGCAAACUCAACAUCAAAAUGGGAUAACGAACUCAAGUUUGCUGCAGCUGGCUCGGUCCGCACCUCAAUCAUUGUUCUGGCUGUUUUCAACUUGGUGGUGGCAUUCGUGGUUACUCUCGUCAUACUCUUGAGAUCGUGGAGGACACUAAAACGUGCCGAAUCGUGGGACUUCAAAUCAUCUUGGUUCCGACUUGUCAAGGGACGAGAUAUUUAUCCUUUCGUCCUAUCUAUCGGCAUCGUAACUCAGGGAAUUGUGUAUGCUACUGCUCAAGCCAAGGGACUCGAAUCACUCAUGAUCCUCAAGUCUUUCUUUAUUGCUCCAUUUAUCCAGCUGGUAUUUGGGCUGGAACUGACCAUCCGCGUCACAAAACCAAACAUAUUCCCUUUCCGUGGGCGAUUCAACACCGUGGCCUGUCUCGCGUUCAUUGGUGCCCUUUUGCUCGUAGUGUUUUCAAUCACGUUUGCAAUUCGCCCGUCAGAAUUUUGCUUUGCAAGCCUAGUGUCUUUCCUUCAUCGAUAUGACACCGGAAUCUUCGGGUCUUUGCUCACUAUUAUCAUCCUUGUCAUAGUUGAGUGCGGUAUUAUUUGCUUCAAACUUCAUACCGGAGCCAGGAUGGAUGUCACUGAAAGGGAUGAGGCAUCUCGUAUGGUUUAUUACAUGAUCAUUGCUGUGAUUUCCUACACUCUGCAAAUAACUUUCUAUUACAAUACGUCGUUCCAUGAUCCGGGAGCAGCUGGAGAUGCUUCAAUGCAACUAUCCAUCAUCGGAACAGUUGUGAUGAACAUGUCGGGAUUUUUGCUUGGCUGCUUGUAUCUCUUCCUCCGAUCAAGUAAAUCUCCGACUGGAUGCUCUGAUGACGACUUCGAGGCAUCUCGAAGCUUCAAGAAAUGGACUGAUGACCAGGAUCAAGAACCCGCAACCCCCCUCUCAACGAUGCCCGGAAUGGUUCAUAAGUCUAACAGCAGGGAAGACCUGAUGAUGGACGACAGGGUGGAAGACAAGGUAUUUGGCGCACGCAAGGACUUCCUCAAAGGUGGCUUGAAGCCCCUACGUUUGGGAAGUAUGCGCAACUCGGGCGAUCUACCAACGGCGCCAAAACCUGUACGAACGUCAUCGAAGGAGUCGAUCAAGAACUUCAAGCGAAGCAUGUACAGCAUCUUCCCCAAGCCCGAGCCACCCAAAUCACCCAUCCUAUUACCAACAACAUUCUACAAGGGUCCAGCAUCCAAAGCAGCGCCUGAACCCCCAUCUUUAGCCAAUCUUCUCGCACCACCAGCCCUCCGUCUACCUGAUAGGAGACUCCGAUCUAGUGGCGCUUCAGCUCUCUCCACUGCAACGGUGCAGAUUGGCUUGCGACUCUCCAAUAUUGGUGGUGACAUGAGCCCUACCAAGCCCGAACCCAAACAAGACACAAACCGCGUGGAAGAACUCGACUGUCCCAACAGCACAGUGAGAUUCUUCCCGAGGAAAACAAGUCCACUCGCCAUCGCCAUUGUCGAUGUUCCUGGCGAAGGCACCAGAUACCAGAUUCAAGACAACUUCGAAAAUGACCUCUCUGAAAAAGAACUUCCACCUGUCCCCCUGAGUGCGGGUAUGGUUACACCUCCAGAGACCACUCUCAGCUCGGCUGUGUACAGCCCACAGGAGUCAACACCUGGCUCAUCCUCGCACAAGCCCAAUAAGCCAUCAGUCAGUUCCAGAGCCCACAGCCGGCAAGCCUCAACCAUGGGAGAUUUAGGUAGGUUACAUAGCCGCCAUGGGUCAAGAGCUGAAGCGGAUACGGGGAGAGGGCCAUGGAUUUAA